AAUCCUUCAAGAACCAAUGACCAGAGUUCAAACCAAGAUCGCUCGAUAAUUUUGUUGAGUGUGAUAUUUGUUUUGUCAGUUGUUAUAAGCGAUUCGAUAGAAUAAGAUGGGGGUCCUCCGGUAUUUCACCGUAUCCUUGUUUUUGCUAUGCAAUUAUAACUUCGUUACAGCUGAUAAUAAAGUGGUUUGCUAUUACGACAGCUCUGCAAGCUACAGAACCGGUCAAGGAAAGUUCGAACUCAGCUUCUUAGACAACGCCCUUCAGUUCUGUUCCCACCUCAUCUACGGAUAUGCAGGGAUCGAUGAAAAAACGAACAAAUUGAAGGCUCUUGACGAAGUCCUAGAUCUCAACCAACACAACUAUCAGAAAGUAACAGAUCUGAAAAGGAGAUUCCCUGGUCUCAAGAUCUUUCUAUCUGUUGGAGGAGGAAAAGACGGAACAUAUGACGAUGAUAGAAAAGUCGCUAAAUAUCUCGAAUUGUUGGAAUCAGCAGAUAAACGUACGACUUUUAUAAAUUCAGCUGAUUCAUUCCUGAGAACUUACGGAUUCGAUGGCUUGGAUCUCAGUUGGGAAUUCCCAGAAACAAAACCAAAGAAAAAAAGAGGAAAAAUUAGCGGAUGGUUCAACAGCCUGAAAAAGAAGAUUGUUGGAGAAGACGAAGUGGAUGAAAAGGCAGGAGAACAUAAAGAAGAAUUCACAGCCCUAGUGAGGGAUUUGAAGAACAAGUUCAAACAUGAAGGUCUUUCUGUUUCAUUAUCUGUGUUGCCAAAUGUUAAUAGCACAGUAUAUUACGAUCCCACAAUUGCCCAGUAUUUGGAUCUAAUCAUUGUGAAGGCUUUCGAUUUCCACACCCCCAAGAGGAAUCCAAAAGAAGCUGAUUACCCAACUCCUCUAUUUUCCGUUUUUGAUAGAAGGUUCGAUGAAAAUGCAGACUAUCAAGUCAGAUACUGGUCUGAACACGGAACUCCAAGAAACAAGAUCAUUCUGGCAAUUCCUUCCUUUGCAAGAACAUGGAAAAUGACUGAAGAUUCAGGACUCACGGGAGUUCCCCCACUAACAGUUGAAGGAGAAGGUCUAGAAGGACCAUAUACCAAAACGCCAGGAUUAUUGAGCCAUCCUGAAGUUUGUAAUAAGUUGACCAACAUUGAUAUCAAACACAAACUCGUCAAAACUGGUGAUCCCACUGGCAGACACGGUGUCUUCGCCUAUCGCACUGUGGAUAACAACAACCCAGAAGGUAUUUGGAUAGCAUAUGAAGAUGUGGACUCAGCUGGUUCUAAGGCUUCUUAUGCUAGAGAAAGAGGAUUAGGUGGUAUUGCAAUUGACGAUUUAACUUUAGACGACUUCAGAGGAUUGUGUAGCGGAAAUAAAUAUCCAGUUUUGAGAGCCGCAAGACUUAAAUUGUAAAAUAUAAAAUAAUUUUUUGAGACAAUAAAAUUUUCUUAUAAUUUA